UGCUGCUGCAUCACCACGUGUUCAUGUAGUGGAGGAUCUGGUUGUCGAUGGCCAUUGGUCAGGAUCUCAGAGAACUGAAGUGAGAGGGAUUCUGAACUUGUUUAGUGACCAUCUGGUGAAAGGCAGAUUAUAAAAAAUGUGCUGUGUCUUUAAGAGUUGAGGAGCGAGAGCUGGCAGUGAGGCCCUAUGUUGAGCCCAACUUAAUCAUAGACUUGGAAAGGCUGCCAGAUGUAGCACAGCAGCAGGCAGAACACAGCACAGCAGCCCCUGCAAAACCAGGCAUCGCUACUCACUCUGGUAGGCGUGAGACGAGGCUAGGUUUCAGUGCCUCACUCGAUUCUACAUCCGCAAGCACACAAACACAAUUGGCAGAGAGGAGCAUGCCUCAUUCGGUGCUUUGAAGUUAUGGAGUUGGACAACGCGGCCGAACUGGGGAGCUACAAUGAGCUCCCUCCUGAGAGGGUUGGCCGCAGGCGCAGUAUGCCGGGCAGCGCUCUGGACAAGUGCCCCUCCAUAGAGCCAUCCACCUCCACCCCCUUCAAAGUCACGGGCUUCCUGAGUCGCAGACUGAAGGGUUCCAUCAAACGCACCAAGAGCCAACCCAAGCUGGACCGCAACAGCAGCUUCAGAAACAUCCUGCCGGGCUUCAAAACCGCGGACAAUGACAGAUCCCAUCUAAUGCCUAGGCUGAAGGAAUCACGGUCUCAUGAGUCGUUGUUCAGCCCCAGCAGUGCAGUAGAAGCUUUGGAUCUCAGCAUGGAGGACGAGGUGUUGAUCAAACCGGUGCACAGCAGCAUCCUGGGCCAGGACUACUGCUUCGAGGUAACCACUUCCACUGGAACAAAAUGCUUUUCGUGUCGGUCAUCCGCCGAGAGGGACAAAUGGAUGGAGAACUUAAGGAGAGCUGUAAAUCCAAACAAGGACAACAGUCGGCGUGUGGAGAACCUGCUGAAAUUGUGGAUUAUUGAGGCCAAGGACCUUCCAGCCAAGAAAAGGUACUUCUGUGAGUUGUGUCUGGACGACACGCUUUACGCACGGACUACCUGCAAACUCAAGACAGACAAUGUGUUCUGGGGAGAGCACUUUGAGUUCAACAACUUACCCGCCAUCAAAAGUGUCACCGUCCACCUGUACAAGGAGACUGAUAAAAAGAAAAAGAAGGACAAGAACAGCUAUGUGGGCCUGGUCAUCAUUCCCACCGGCGCCGUCACGGGACGCCAGUUCGUGGAGAAGUGGUACUCUGUGAGCACGCCCAACCCGAGCAAAGGGAAAACUCCCGGACCUAUGAUUCGGCUCAAGUCGCGGUACCAGAGCAUGAGCAUCCUGCCUAUGGAGUCCUAUAAGGAGUUUGCGGAGUACAUUACCAAUAACUACAUGCUGAUGUGCUCCAUCAUGGAGCCUGGCCUCAGUGUGAAGAACAAGGAGGAGAUGGCCAGUGCCCUGGUGCACAUCCUACAGAGCACCGGCAAGGCUAAGGACUUCCUGACGGACCUGAUGAUGUCAGAAGUGGAUCGCUGCGGGGAGAACGAACACCUGAUCUUCAGGGAGAACACGCUGGCCACCAAAGCCAUCGAGGAGUACCUCAAACUGGUGGGGCAGAAGUACCUGCAGGACGCACUAGGCGAGUUCAUCAAAGCCCUGUACGAAUCAGAUGAGAACUGUGAGGUGGACCCGGGUAAGUGUUCCUCGGGAGACCUCCCUGAGCACCAGAGCAACCUGAAGAUGUGCUGUGAGCUGGCCUUCUGCAAGAUCAUCGACUCCUACCGUGUUUUUCCACGGGAGCUGAAAGAGGUGUUUGCCUCGUGGAGGCAGGAGUGCAGCAGUCGGGGCCGGCCGGACAUCAGCGAGCGGCUUAUCAGCGCCUCCCUGUUCCUGCGCUUCCUGUGUCCGGCCGUCAUGUCCCCGUCGCUUUUCAACCUGAUGCAGGAGUACCCAGACGACCGCACCGCGCGAACCCUCACCCUCAUCGCCAAGGUCACACAGAACCUCGCCAACUUCACCAAGUUUGGUAACAAGGAGGAGUACAUGUCCUUUAUGAACCACUUCCUGGAGCACGAGUGGACCAACAUGCAGCGCUUCCUGCUGGAGAUCUCCAACCCAGAGACCAUCUCUAACACGGCAGGGUUCGAGGGUUACAUCGACCUGGGCCGCGAGCUCUCCACCCUGCACUCCCUGCUGGCCGAGGCAGUCUCUCAGCUGGACCAGAGCACAGCCUCUAAGCUGGGUCCACUGGCACGUAUCCUGCGGGACGUGAACUCAGCACUGACCAAUCCGUCUGGGGUCCAGGUGUCUACCCCCACAGAGCGUAUGGGCUCCCCCCCCCUUCCCCUCCCCCUGGCAGGCUGCAGCCUCUCCACCGGCCUGCCUAUCCACAAGAUGGUCAUGGACAGCGAGCUUUCUGGGUUGGUUGAUUUUACGAGGCUACCGUCGCCAACCCCAGAGAACAAGGACCUAUUCUUUGUGACGAGGAACUCUGGCAUCCAGCAGUCUCCAGCCAGAAGCUCCAGCUACUCGGAGGCCAACGAGGCUGAGGUGCAGCUCCCCAACGGCAGCAAGAGUCUAUCAAUGGUGGACCUGCAAGAUAGCCGCAGCCCGGAGAGUACCCCUGUCCCCCGCCCUGCCUCCCCCAGCGACAUGCUCCUCAAUGAAUGCCAGUCCCCCGUCGCCCCUGGGCCGGGGGGCUGGGCCGCCCGCACCCCUCAGGGCAUUAUCCCCGGACCCACCCUCAGGAGAAUGGUUCAGACCCCCACCAACCCUAGCACAGAGAGCAGCACCCUAGGUCCAGGGAGGCCCUCCCAGCUCCUGGCCCCGCUUUCAUUCCAGAACCCCGUUUACCAGAUGGCCACGGGCAUGACCAUGUCCCCGCGGGGUCCCCUGGCCGAUUCAGGCUCCGAGGGCCACAGCUCUCACAGCUCUCAGGGCAACAACACAGAGGAUGCCCCCAAGCACCAGGGCGUAUUCCUCACCCAGGGGGUUGCAGUCGGGGGCGGGGGAGGCAGCAGCAGUGAGGAGUUUGCGCGGCGCUCAGGGGAGUUCACGACCCGCCGCCAGCUGUCCCUCAUGGAACCGAGGCAGAACAGCUCCGGUCCCCAGCGCAGGGUAGACCAGCCCCCUCCGCCCGUCACCAGGGGCAGGACGCCGCCACACAUGCUCCAGACGGCCUACCCUGGGCCGCGGCCCUCCAGCGGCAGCAUGAUGUCAUCAUCUCCCGACUGGGGGCCCAGUGGCGGCACCCGGUUGAGACAGCAGUCGUCCUCAUCCAAAGGGGACAGUCCUGAGACCAAGCAGCACACCUUGCAUAAAGCCCCCUCCCCUGUGAACCCCAAUGCUCUGGACCGCACUGCUGCCUGGCUGUUGAAUAUGAAUGUGCAGUAUUUAGACCACGAGGGAGUUGACCCAGAUACCAAGCACAGGGAAGACCUUCGAAGCAAAGAGGAGCUCACUCAAACCGAAAAGUACCAGCAGGAGAUCGCCAUCCUGCAGGACAAGCUGCGUCUGUCAGCCAAGAAGCUGGAGGAGUAUGAGUGUCACCUGAAGGGCCAGGACGAGCAGACCCAGACGAUGCUGCUGGAGUACCAGGCCCGCCUGGAGGACACAGAGGAGCGCCUGCGCCGGCAGCAGGACGACAAGGAGCUCCAGAUGAAGAGCAUCAUCACCAGGCUGAUGUCUGUUGAGGAGGAACUGAAGAAAGAUCAUUCGGAUAUGCAAUCGAUAGUGGACUCAAAACAGAAGAUCAUUGAAGCCCAGGAGAAACGCAUCGCCUCUCUGGACUCGGCCAACACCCGCCUGAUGAGCGCUCUGACCCAGCUGAAGGAGCGCUACAGCAUGCAGACGCGCAACGGCAUCUCCCCCACCAACCCCAGCAAACUCCAGAUCACUGAGAACGGAGAGUUCAGGAACAGCAGCAACUGCUAGGGACGGGGGAGAGGGCCUCGCCAAUGACCUCGCCAACUCAAUAACACUUGGGCUCGGGGAGAGACGAGUAUAUGGCCACACCCAGUCACUCUCUGGAGAAACAUGUUCAUACUGAACAAAUCCAUUAUUUUCAAUGGAUGAGGUCAUGAUGACAUGAGGAGUAGACUGACUGAAGCUGUUGCUGAACAACAUAAAGGAAUUAAUCAGAUUGACUUUAGAGAAAGUUAUAACGACACCUGGCUGCAUGACAUCCCAAACUCUCUAUCCCCGUACAUGAAACAACAUUGUAACAAAUAAGAUGGGAAUAGGUUGCACUGUUAUCUUGGGAAAGAGCCCGUUUUGAAGUGAUUUGAACCAUUUAUAAGCUUCCGAAUGUUUCCACAUUUCUCACGUACGCGUUUGCGUAUAAGUUUCAGUCACCGCGUUGAAAUUAGCACGGGUUGCUAAAAGAGGACGCUCCUUUAUGGAUCCUACACGUUUUUAGAGCUUGUCCCCGACAUGUCCCUCUGACCUACACUAUACAGUACUAACUUACUCAUCCCGUUUCUUCUGGCAACAGUACAACACAAGUGUAUACAGUGGGGCAAAAAAAGUAUUUAGUUGUGCAAGUUCUCCCACUUAAAAAGAUGAGAGAGGCCUGUAAUUUUCAUCAUAGGUACACUUCAACUAUGACAGACAUAAUGAGAAAAAAAAAUCCAGAAAAUCACAUUGUAGGAUUUGUAAUGAAUUUAUUUGCAAAUUAUGGUGGAAAAUAAGUAUUUGGUCACCUACAAACAAGCAAGAUUUAUGGCUCUCACAGACCUGUAACUUCUUCUUUAAGAGGCUCCUCUGUCCUCCACUCGUUACCUGUAUUAAUGGCACCUGUUUGAACUUGUUGUCAGUAUAAAAGACACCUGUCCAUAACCUCAAACAGUCACACUCCAAACUCCACUAUGGCCAAGACCAAAGAGCUGUCAAAGGACACCAGAAACAAAAUUGUAGACCUGCACCAGACUGGGAAGACUGAAUCUGCAAUAGGUAAGCAGCUUGGUUUGAAGAAAUCAACUGUGGGAGCAAUUAUUAGGAAAUGGAAGACAUACAAGACCACUGAUAAUCUCCCUCCAUCUGGGGCUCCACGCAAGAUCUCACCCCGGGGGGACCUGCAGAGAGCUGGGACCAAAGUAACAAAGCCUACCAUCAGUAACACACUACGCCGCCAGGGACUCAAAUCCUGCAGUGCCAGACAUGUCCACCUGCUUAAGCCAGUACAUGUCCAGGCCCGUCUGAAGUUUGCUAGAGAGCAUUUGGAUGAUCCAGAAGAAGAUUGGGAGAAUGUCAUAUGGUCAGAUGAAACCAAAAUAUAACUUUUUGGUAAAAACUCAACUCGUCGUGUUUGGAGGACAAAGAAUGCUGAGUUGCAUCCAAAGAACACCAUACCUACUGUGAAGCAUGGGGGUGGAAACAUCAUGCUUUGGGGCUGUUUUUCUGCAAAGGGACCAGGACGACUGAUCCGUGUAAAGGAAAGAAUGAAUGGGGCCAUGUAUCGUGAGAUUUGGAGUGAAAACCUCCUUCCAUCAGCAAGGGCAUUGAAGAUGAAACGUGGCUGGGUCUUUCAGCAUGACAAUGAUCCCAAACAUACGAAGGAGUGGCUUCGUAAGAAGCAUUUCAAGGUCCUGGAGUGGCCUAGCCAGUCUCCAGAUCUCAACCCCAUGGAAAAUCUUUGGAGGGAGUUGAAAGUCCGUGUUGCCCAGCAACAGCCCCAAAACAUCACUGCUCUAGAGGAGAUCUACAUGGAGGAAUGGGCCAAAAUGCCAGCAACAGUGUGUGAAAACCUUGUGAAGACUUACAGAAAACGUUUGACCUCUGUCAUUGCCAACAAAGGGUAUAUAACAAAGUAUUGAGAUAAACUUUUGUUAUUGACAAAAUACUUAUUUUCCACCAUAAUUUGCUAAUUAAUGAAUGAAAAUCCUACAAUCUGAUUUUCUGGAAUUUUAUUUCUCAUUUUGUCUGUCAUAGUUGAAGUGUACCUAUGAUGAAAAUUACAGGCCUCUCAUCUUCUUAAGUGGGAGAACUUGCACAAUUGGUGGCUGACUAAAUACGUUUUUGCCUACUGUAUAUAUAGUACACUGUAGCAUCAAUCUUCGAUUUUACUCAAUGGCUGUUUUCUACCCCACUGUUUUUGUUUCAAACUUCAAUAGCAUACAUACAGUAUAUGUUGCCAAGUGAACAACUCUCUAUCAGUGAACGCCUCCUCUGUUGACCAGCUUUGAAAAACAGAGCUUUGCUGAAAACACAUCCCAACAGCAAGUGUUUCUGUAUUCUACCUGUAUAUUUUACCUUCUUUUCUUACCUCAAAUUUUUUGCAUGUAUCAUAUCAGGACUACAGUAGCACAACAAGCUCGCUUUUUUAAAAAUUGCUAAUAGUAAGGAAAGAGCUCAACUAUUUCAUUUUUUGCAUACUUUGUAUGUGCUUAAAUAUUAGUCUAUUUAGAGGUUUAAAUGCCUCAGAAGUAUAUAAAAUGUUCACAGUAUUUUUAUUGAUUGUUUGGAAUAGUAUUUGUACAGUAAGUGUUCCUUGUGUUAAACUCGACUGUACUAAUAUUACAAUUUUAAGAGGUUCUGACUAAUUUUGGUUCUCCUUCAGUAGACAGUUCACACAUCACUUGAGCCAUUAUUCCCUUUUCAUACGUGGGUAUUCUUUGUUAAAAAUGAAACAUUUAUUGACGCUGUUAAAUGAAUGAUAUUGAUGAACAUAGUUUACUGUGUAUUUAAAUGGUUGUGUGUGGGCCAGUCCUAUAUUAGUUUGCAGUUUGUCCGUGCUGAAUAGAAUAGGACUGAACUCAAAUACCUGGCCACUCCUCUACCUUUGCACUUCUGGAACUUUGCUAAGGACCCUACAAAAUGCACUUUCAACCAACAGAAACACUCUUUCAUUUAGAAUACCUUCUAUCCAAAGUAAAGAACAAAACAUCCAUUUGGGGGUUAUAGGCUGUAACUGAGGUAUAAACCAGAUUCAUUGAUCGUUUCAAUUCCCUCUUGUGUUGAUUAAGGGCUCGAUUCAAUCCGUACCGCAGCUGUUCAGCGCUAUAGCGCGAUUUCAAUUUAAAGGCAAUGUUCCGGCAUUCGCGGAGUCUGCAUUCUUGGUAAAGAAUGCAAAUGUCGGCUCAAUCGGAAAUUGCCUUUACAUUUCAAUUGUGCUAUUGCGCUGAACUAUCGUGAUUCAGGUUUAAUCGAACCGUAAAGCUAUAAAAAUGGAGUGGGACACAAAGGCUUUUUGUGUAGUCUUAUUGAAGUUGCAGGUAGCUCAUUUUAGCAACCAUCAAAGGUGGUCUCAAUUCAAUUCUCAAUUCUGACUUCUGCAAAUUCUCCUCUGAAAACACUAGCGGUCCGCUUUCAUGAAGUUAGAGGCACUACAAACGGUUAUUGGUGACAUGAAUCACUGUGUCUGGUCUGGAAAUGGUUUAGCUUAAACAGAAUGAUCAUUUUUAAAGUAUGUUCUGUUCUUCAAAAUGUUAAAAGUGAUGUAAAAGUGUAUGUAUGGUAUGCUCUAAAUUAUGUUUGUUUAUAUCAGUUUCUUAUUUAUUGAAUUUCUAUGUUGUUUUUUGAUUGAAUAAAAUGCCCUCAUGAUGUAUUGUUUAGAAGGUGCAGGUAUAGAGAGAAGUAUGCAUUCCGUGCUCCUAUUUCCCUCAAGUUGUCUUACUGCACCCAGCCUGCUCAGACAAGAGAAAAUGUCUUUAGAGGGUUUCAAUUGAUUUUCUCUUUCAAAGCCAAAGGUGCAUCUGUCCCGCUAUGAUAUUUCAUUGAAAGGAAAUAGUAUAUACUGCACCAGAAACCACAGAUCAAUUCACAAUACUGUGCAGCUUCAUGGUCUCCCAGUUCUUUUAGGGAGGUUUUUCAACCAUUUUGCAAGAAGAGAGACUUACCAAAACUAUUCUCUUUUCCUUGCUCUAUAUAAUACUGAACAAUAUUUUGCCGUGUUGUUACUGCAAACUCAUAACUUUUGUAUGAAUGUUAAAAUAAUAAUUUGAUUUGUGUAAAUGGUAACAAGAAUAGGUCUACUAUAGUGUAUGUAAUUUAUAUACAAAUGCAACGAGACUCAUUAAAGAUUUAUUUCGCUA